GCACGCUCGCUUAACGGCUUUUUCUCCGUCCUGGCACUUUGUCAUACCGUUCUCACUGCUGUCGACCCUGCGACAGGUACCAUUGAGUACAAAGCACAAUCACCUGACGAAGCUGCCCUCGUUCAAGCCGCUGCGGAUGCUGGGUUCAUCUUUCGCGGACGUGAGAAGGAGAAACUGCUUUUGCAAACACCUUUCUCGAAGGAGACCGAGCGGUAUGAGCUGCUUAAUAUCCUGGAGUUCACGAGCGCACGGAAGCGAAUGAGCGUCAUCGUCAAGAAAUUGGAUGAUCAAGAUGGCAGACUGUUUUUGCUUACGAAAGGAGCAGAUAACGUCAUCUUUGAGCGGCUCAAGGCUGGUGGAGAUGAUUUGAAAAGAACGACUGAGGCGCAUCUGGAGGACUUUGCGAAUGCUGGGCUGAGGACGUUGACUUUGGCUUACAAGGUUAUUCAGGAUGAUGAGUAUGAGGCCUGGUCUGAACGCUAUCAUGAAGCCUCUACUGCCCUGGAUGAUCGUGAAGGCAAGGUUGAGGCGGUUUGUGAUGAGAUGGAGCGCGAGCUGCGACUGCUUGGUGCCACUGCCAUUGAAGAUCGCCUCCAGGAUGGUGUGCCAGAGACAAUUGCUGAUCUCAAAGUCGCGGGUAUCAAGAUUUGGGUUGCUACUGGCGACAAGCUCGAGACUGCCAUCGGUGUGUAUUUAUCCCCCUUUUCAGGAGUCGGUCUCACAGACCUUUGA